AUGUCUCCAAAAAAACGACGUGGAGGGUCAAGAGGUCGUGGUAGAGGUAUAGCAAAAAGAAGAGGUCCAAAACCACGUCAACCUAUGUCACCAGACACUGCCACUGCAGAUGAUACCGAUGCUGAGGGUACAUCCACAGAUGGUAAUAUGUCUUUCAAACAGGUUAUGUCACCACCACAAUCACCAUCCAGGAAAAAACAUGCUGACUACAACGAAGAAAGAGAGCUGUCGUUACCUCGACUAAAAUCUAUUGUCAUUCCAGAAAAUUCUACCAUCCUGUCACUGCUGAGCCGUGAUAUCAAAUCUGACUAUAUAAUGACGGAUGAUGAAUUGGACCAUGUUCAAUGGGAUCUUGAAGCAAUGUUAACUAAUGUUAUCUUACGCAGAAAUACAAUAAGAGACGAACUAAGCACUUUUGCAUCCAUGCAGUUUGCUCGUUCCCUACAUAGGAUGGCUAAGAACCCCAAACUUCCUACAAUUAGACCAAGAGCAGCUGCAGAAAUAUCACCCGUGAAUGAAUGUCGUAAGAUGAAGGUUGAAUUUGAUCCUACUAGCAAAGAGUUGCCACCAAGCAAAACUGAAUCAGCAAAUAAAUUUUGGUCCCUUGUUGAACCUUAUCUGAGUCGUGUAAAGAAAGAAGAUCUUAAAUGGUUAAAUGAUCUAGUUAAAUCGUAUUGCACCAGUAAAAAUUUGUAUGAAAUACCACCUUUGGGUGAACAUUAUGCAAAGAAUUGGGCUAAAGAAGAGCUAGAAAUGCAAAAAAACCAAUCAUCAUGUUCACCACGUCCGCCCAAAAAACUUAAAUUUGCUGAACGUAUUGCACCCGAUGUUGUAGAACUAGUGGAUAAAGCUAAUUCUGCUAUAAACGAUGGUAGUGUAUACACACCAGUUUAUCAGAGGGUUGUAACAGCUCUUAUGGAUCAUUCAAACAUGUCUUUAGAGGAUGCCGAAGAACAUUUUUCAGAAUUUGAUGACGUUGAAGAAAAACCACAAGAAAUGAGUAAUGUUUGUAAGGAAUUUUAUGCAGAACAAAAUGUCAAGAAACAAUUGCAUAAAUUGGGGCUCGUGGAUCAUAAUUCUAAACAGGUACCAUCACCAGAAGAUAUGCUACCUUCUUUGAAUAUAGCUGAUGAGGAAAAUGACGAAGUUCUAGAAGAAUUAGUCAAGUGUGAUAAUGCAUUAGCUCAAUUAAGAGAAAUGAACAAGAAUCACUUGACACAUUUAUUAGGAAGAUGCCGUAAAGAUUAUUAUCAACAAAUUAUAAAAAAUAAAAUCGAAAAAGUAAACAACGAGAUUUUACAUUUUAAAACACAGCAAAAUGAAUCAUGGACAAAGGAAAAGAAAAUCGCUCAAAUGGCUGAAGAAGACGAUGAGCUGCAUUUUUUAUUAAACCAACGUGGCACUUUACUUGGGCAGUUGCAAUCAGUGGCAACUGAAUCCUUAUACUUAAGCCCAUUAGUUUCAGAUGAUUCUGAAUCUAGUUAUGAAGACUGUGAACCAUCUAAUGUACAUAUUAAAACUGAACCAAUUGAAAAUGAUACUGACGUAAAAAUGGAUGAUCAAAUAAAUGAUGAAGAAGGUUGUCAGGCUGAAGAGCAUGUUGAAAUUAAUAUUAAACAUGAAAUUGUUGAUGACAUAAUGGAAUUUGAAGAAGCUAAUGACAUUGCAAAGAAUAAUGAUGGAGAAUAUGAUGAAAAUUUAGGCAAUGCAGAAGUUUUUACUGAAGAAAUAGAAAUAGAAAAAACUGUAAACAAAGAAAAUGAAACAGAAAAAGGCGAUGAAGCCAAAAUUGACCAAGAGGACCAAGAGGUUCAAACAGAGGUUCAAACAGAGGUUCAAACAGACGUUAACAUCAAUCCACUUGUUAAGAUUAAAGAAGAAGAGGUUAAUUGUUCAGAGAAAGUGUCUAUUGAACGACGGCGUAAGAAGCCUAAAAAAAGAAUCACAGAAAGUGAACAGACAUCUAAAAUUGAAGCAAGAAAACCGAUUAAAAUUAAACAGGAACCGGUUGAUUCUGAUCUUGAAUUAGAUCCUUCAGAGGAUAUAAUUGAUGGUGUUAAAAGAGAACUUCGCCCUCGAAAGUUAAAUGAGCCGCAUAUUUAUUUUGAGCCAUAUGAUGGAUCAACAAGUGAAGGGAGUGAUUUUACUGAUCUGUCAGAUUGA